UAUCUCUUUCGAUGUAGAGCGUCAACAAUUAUUUUGCAUCGUACUGAGAACUAUGACGAUUUUAUACAGCUUCUUAAAACAAGUGGAUUUCUAGGAAAUGCAAAAAAAUAUAUCUUUUUAUAAAUUUAAACGCUGUUAUACAACAAAAUGACCGGGCGAGCAGAAGAUUUAGAUCACGGACAAAAGCCACGUAGACGACGUCCAAUAUGGAACAAAAUUUCUGAUUUUGCCAAUGUUUUUAAAUCAUUUAUUGGAUCAAAUUAUUUGUCUGUGCCAUUUGCAUUCAAACAAAGUGGAUUGAUUCUUGGCAUUAUUGGUCUUGUCGUUAUUGCUUACAUCACAGACCAUUGUUGUGUCCUGAUUGUGAAGUGUAAGAAGGCUGCGAUCGAUCAAAUCAUGAACUCCACCUACCAUUGCUCCUACGAGGGCAGUAGUGAUCAGUAUCAGAAACUGGAAAAACGAAAAACAAAGCAACGUUCAAAUCUGGAGUCAACUGUCUCCUAUGGUGAUCUGGGUCGGAUAGCCAUGGGUCGGUGGGGAAGCCGUAUCGUUAUUACCUCCCUAAUUGUUACCCAAUUUAGUGCCUGUGUCAAUUAUUUCACUUUCAUUGGUGAGACAAUAAUGAGAAUGUGGCCACCUAUUAACAAUCAUACCAGUAAAUCGACCCCAAAUGCAACAGCAUUACUUGGGGCAUCACCCUCAGAGAACCACCCUAGUGCACCCGAUAUCAUAUACCUUAUGCUGAUACCCUUACCAAUUUUCCUCCUGCAAACGUAUGUGAGGAAAGUGAGAAGCCUCGGUCCACUGAGCUCCAUUGCAAACGCAUGUGUCUUUUUUGGAUUCUUCUCAAUUCUUGGGUUCAUUCUUCAUGGUAUUGACUUCAGCAAUGUCCACAAAAUUGACUUUUGGAAACUCUCAACAUUUCCAAUCUUUUUUGGGCAAAUUGUUUGGUCUUAUGAGGGCAUUGGAACAAUAAUUCCUGUCGAGGCGAGCAUGAAAGAGAACCGUCGGAACUAUCGAAAGUACUUGCACAGCGUCAUAAUACUCGUCUCAAUAAUCCAAUGCACUUUCGGUGUCUUAGGCUACAUUCAUUUCAGGGAUGAAGUUGAACAGAUAAUAAGCGACAACCUUCCCUACGGAACGCUAUCCAUAGUCGUUCAGGUUACUUUAUGUAUUGGAAUACUGUUCACAUUUCCCUUGCAAAUGUUUCCAGUUGUUGAAAUCGCCGAGAACUACUUCUUGAAAGACACAAGGAGACGCACCACGGUCACAGCUAGUUACAGUUGCGACGAGUCGAGCCUGCGACCCGAAACUUCUGUAGUUCAAUAUGGAAACAUAACUCCGACAGAUGAAUUGUCUGAAGAUGAAAUAUCUGAAAACGACAGCGACGCCGAAGGAACUGAAGUAUUGAUUCGGAAACCUACGGGACCGUGUUCCUGUGACAUGGGAUGGUCAACCUGGAAGAGGAAUAUCGUUCGUACAAUUCUGGUGUGUUUGUCAUUUGGCGUGGCUUACGUUUCCCGGAAUUACUACGCCUAUGUCGCUGCCUUGUCCGGAUCAAUUGGCAGUUCUCUUCUCGCCUUCAUAUUGCCUUGUGCAUUUCAUUUGAUAAUCGAACGAGAUACGUUACCAACACUUAUCGUUGCCAAAGAUAUAAUUCUUAUUCUUUUUGGAAUAAUAGCAGGCAUCGUCGGUUUUGUUACGACUUUGAUUAAAAUAAUAAAAUAGGUUUUUAAAAUUGUAAAAUAUUGUUAAA